AUGGGGUUCGUUAACGUCAAGUUUCUGUGUCUGCUGGGCCUCGUGGCCUUGAUCUUCAUCCUCGAGCUUGCCGCCGCUCCCAGCCCCUGGUACGAGUACAAGGCCGUGGUGACGAUUACCGAGUACCUGUCGCACGUCGAGUCCACCCUGGUGGGCAAGUUCAGCUGCGACUGGACCGACGACAAGUGCGGCGGCGAUAAGCUGAGGGCCAUGUGGGGCAUGAUCCUGACGGCUGUCAUCAUCUCCAUCCUCCUCACCGCCGUUGAGACCCUCAUCCUCUUCACCUGGGCCUUUGACUUCUGCCACAAGCUGAAGUUCAGGAGCAAGCUGAGGAUUCCGUUGAUCGUGAUCGCCUUCCUGGCGUCGUUCUUCGCCUUCGCCGCGUGGCUGCUCCUCUUUUGGCACCCGUCGGCGCUCGAGGACAGCAUCAACAUCAAGUACGACUUUGUGGGCGACAACUCGGGUCCGCAGGCCGGUUGGGGCCUCUUCGUGGGCGCCAGCAUCCUCUCCCUCAUCGCCGCCAUCAUCCUCUGCAUGAGCGGCUCGCCCGACCACCACGGCUACAAGCUCUUCCACUGA